AUGCCGUCCAGCGCUGACGUCUUUGGGACAAUUCGCCUACUUCCAAAGUCCUCUUUUCCACUCUCAACCCCCACCAAAAAAACCACCACCAACCAUUCCAUUCAAAAUGUCCAGCUUCAUCUCCAAGGCUUCUUCCAAGUCCUCCUCCUCCGCCUCCAUCUCGGACGCGCCUCCACACACUCCUCCGUCUCCACGGCCACAACCCUCAAGGGCAUGGACAUGCACAAGAAGAAGUGGUACUCGCUGAGCUCCAAGUCUCACCCCAAGCACGCCAAUGACUACUACGUCAAGAAGGCUCUUCACAACGAAGCCGUCGCCAGCUACUUCAGCAUGCGGUAA